AUGUGGACCUCACUGUUACUCCCCAUCGCUUUCGCAGCCACUUCGGUGCUCGCCUCGGGCGACCCCCCUUUGCAAGCCCGAACCCAAAUCACCUUCAACUCGGGCUCGCUCCAAGGCGCGAUCGAACGAGGUUUGGGUCGGGUCGACAAGUGGGUCUCGCAGGGCGUGCGACAGUUUGAUUCGUUCGUUCAUGGCAAUGGCAUGACUUGUGAGUGCAUUCUACCUUGAAAGAACGAUAAAAGUGGCCUCUGAGACCGAAUCGGAGCGGGCCAAGGCGGCUUGUUCCGAGGUUGAACGAACGAACGCUGGGUCCCAUACGCCUGGCCGCUUGCGCCUCUCCACGCGCCAAUCUCGGCCCUGCCAGACCAAGGAAUGACGACGCUCGGCAGCUCGGGCCAGUGAUAGGCAUGCAUGGCAACCCAAGCUGACCACUGCACCUCAAACACCUUCAAUCAGACGAACUCAUCACCCACACUGAUUUCCCCAAGUACUCGAUCCGACUGAAGGAGCCCAAGGUGAGUCGGAGAAGAUCAGCAACACCAACACCGCGCAGCGGGGGGAGCCCGACCCCGCCCACGAUUCAAUCGACCGAUCGCUAAUGACGACUGCUGCUGCUGAUCCGUCCACCCCUCCCCGCGCACCCACCACUCACAGCUCUGCGACGACACGGUCAAGUCGUACUCGGGCUACCUCGACCUCGAUGUCGACAACCACUCUUUCUUCUGGUUCUUUGAAUCGCGCUCCAAGAACCCGGCCAAGGACCCGCUCGUGCUCUGGCUCAACGGAGGCCCCGGUUGCUCCAGUUCGACCGGGUUGCUGUUCGAACUCGGGCCGUGCUCGAUCACGGACGAGGGCAAGAAUACCACCUGGAACAAGUACUCGUGGACCGAAUCGGCCAAUGUCAUUUUCUUGGACUCGCCCAUCAACGUGAGCUUCGUUUCUCCGAGGCUGGCGCCGGACCGACGACUGACUCGACUGUCCUGUCUUCUUCCCCCUGCGUACAGGUCGGCUACUCCAAGGGCUCAAAGACGGUCGCCAACUCGCAGGACACGGCCAAGGAUGUCUACGCCUUCUUGCAACUCUUUUACGAAAAGUUCCCAAAGUUCUCCAAGAACGACUUCGUGAGUCCAUAGUCUCGUGACUCGCGAGCGGCGGAAACGGCUAAAACCCCCCCCCCCCCCCUCUUCCCACAGCACGUCACUGGCGAGUCUUACGCCGGUACUUAUAUCCCCAACAUCGCGUCGGUCAUCUUCAACAAUAACAAGAACCUCGACCUCACCAAGUCCAAGUCAAUCCACAUCCCUCUCGCCUCCAUGGCGAUCGGCAACGGCUUGACCGACACCUACACCCAGUUCGCGAGCAUCCCGACCUUUUCGUGCGGUGGCGGCAUCCACGAGCCCAUCUUUGACGAGCAAACGUGCGCUUCGCUCCAGUCCAAGGUCGACACGUGCCAGCGCUUGACCCCAUACUGUUACAAAGCCCCCUCGCGCUUCACGUGUGUCCCCGCUACUCUGGCGUGCUGGCAGACCGCAGGUCCGAUUCAAUCGUCCGGAUUGAACCCUUACGACAUCACCAAAAAAUGCGACCGUGAUGGCGAAGAUGGACCGUUGUGCUACAAGCAAAUGCAGUGGAUCGAAACGUACCUCAACCAGGCCGAAAUCAGGAAGGAACUUGGCGCCGACCCCGAUACGCCCUUCACCUCGUGCAACAUGCAGAUUAACCAGGCCUUUACGUUCAACGGCGAUGGUGAGUCACAGAGCUGGAGAGAUUAUCGGUGAUUUGCGACACCGUGGACUGACUUUUCUCGGAGCGGUGGUGUUGCGUGUUACUAGUCGCUCACAACACGGCGGCUUUGAUCCCCGAGAUGCUCGAGGCGGGCAUCAAGCUGCUCGUCUACGCCGGUGACCGGUGAGUAGAUGACCAUGUGGCAACUUCCCCAAGACCGAAUGCACUGACGUAUGUCCUCCAUGUGAUCUGAUGUACCUUCAGUGACUUUAUGGUGCGUCCACACCAAUGCCUGCCCGCGCGAAGCCAAAUCUGAUCCCAUCAUCUCCCAUCUCCCAUUUAGUGCAACUACAUCGGCAACCUCGAUUGGACCUUGGCUCUCCUCUGGUCCGGCCAAGCGGAAUACAACCAAGCCAAAUUGCACAACUUCACCAUGCCCAACGGCCACGCUGCGGGUUUGACCAAAAGUUAUGGCGGGAUGACGUACAUGCAGGUUUAUGAGGCUGGGCAGUGAGUUCUUCUCUGCUGUUUUCGGUCAAGAUGAGGUGGUGGAUGAGCAAGUGGAGACUAACGCGAUUUUGCCUCAACCUUACGCGCUGCAGCAUGGUGCCUUAUGACAAGCCCAAAGAAGCGCUCGAGAUGAUCACCCGAUGGAUGCAAGGUGGCAAAUUCUAG